CCUGUCACAAUGGAGGAAUGAUAAAUAUUGAGCAAUAAAAAUCUUUGGAAUGUAUUUAUUUAUUUUAAUUAUAUAAAUAUUUAUAGUGCAUUCAACAUGGAAAUACUUCCAGGUACACUUUAGAUGGUUUCUUCAGCUGUGUACUAGUUAAUUGUUGUAGUGUGUGUAUAUUUUAAACAGUUUUCCCUAGUUUAGUGGACAUGGAGGGUGUCAAUGCCUCCAUAAAAAAGGGGCCUGGUCUCUAUGAAUUCCUUGUAGAAGCGGAGUUACAACAUUAUUUUAAUAGCUUUAAAAAUACGUUGAAAAUUGCUCAUCCUUCCCAGUUGAAAUUCACAGCUGAAAGUGAUUUAGUAGAAAUAGGAAUGUCCAAACCGGAAAUGAGGCGCCUUCGUAAAUACUAUGAUAAACAUUUCCCCCACAAUUAUUUAUCGAAAUUGAAAAAAAUCAUCAAUUAUAGGAAACAGGGACAAUCUUCAAAUGAUGCUUAUCUUUUAAUGAACAUUGAUUCUUUGUCUGUGUCAAGAUCACCGAGAGUACCCAGCAAACACAUCAUACCGGCCGCCAGUAUAACCAUUAACAAGGAGUUGGGCAUGGGCGAAUUCGGGGUUGUCCAACAAGGUGUCUGGUGCAAUGAAGGCGAAAGGAUACAGGUUGCAAUAAAGUGUUUAUCACGGGACAGGAUGCAAAGCAACAUGGUCGAGUUCCUAAAAGAGGCCUCCAUCAUGCACAACAUCGACCACCCCAACAUUGUGCGUUUUUUCGGCGUCGUCCUGCCAAACGUCGAAGGGAGCCUCAUGCUUGUAACCGAAUUAGCACCACUUCGCUCGCUUCUAGAGUGUCUAAAAGAGCCUUCGCUUCGAUCGAGCUUUCCAGUUUUAACGCUUUGUGAUUUCGCUUACCAAAUAUGCGACGGAAUGCAGUACCUCGAGGCAAACCGUCUCAUCCACCGGGAUUUAGCCGCACGAAACAUCCUAGUUUUUUCCAAAAGCAAAGUCAAAAUCUCCGACUUCGGCUUAAGCCGGGCCUUGGGCCAGGGCAAGGAUUACUACCAAACCAACUUCAACGUCAAUCUCAAACUGCCGAUAGCGUGGUGUGCGCCCGAGUGCAUAAGUUACUUAAGAUUUACGACUUCGAGUGACGUUUGGGCGUUCGGGGUCACCCUCUGGGAGAUGUUCUCGUAUGGGUUCCAGCCGUGGGCGGCCCUCACGGGCCAGCAGAUCCUGGAGGCGAUCGACGAGCCUAAUUUCCAGAGGCUGGAACAGCCGGAUUGCUGCCCUCUAGAUCAUUAUAAUCUGAUGCUGGAUUGCUGGCGGCACGAGGCGGCGGCGAGACCCAGGUUCGCCGAGAUCGGGCCGAUUUUGGCCGACUGCAGGCCCGAGCAAGUGCAGUCGAAGAAUCCGGCGGGGGAAGGACCGCAUAUGCUGUCGUUCCGGGUGGGUGACGUCAUUACAGUGCUGGAUAAGAAAACACAUCAUCCCCUUUGGAAGGGCGUAACUUCGAGCGGGAAAACCGGCCUUUUUGACCCCAUCAACGUCGUAGCCUACCUUGGUAGCGACUUACCAAGUUCAUCGUUCCUUCGUACUGACAGUACAAGAUCGUCAUCUCGCAAAAAACUAAGAAGCGAGAUGAUCAGCGCUCCUCAAGGCGAUCUGAAACACACCGGUCACGUCGGCCUUGACGGGGCGUACUUCGGCGACUUAAGCUUUUUGGGUGGUUCCAAAGGCAAUUACGGUUCAGUUCCCACUCAAGUCGUGGCACCCUACCGCCCCCACAAGGACCUCGAGGCCGCCCCGCUCCUCGAGGGUGACCGCGACCACGUUCCUGCGCCUGCGCCUCUGCAAGAUCACGAGUACCACGAGAUCAGUGAUGAAGAAAACACCAACAGCCCCCAUCUUGACCUAGGGCCGUCACUAAUGGCCGAAAUGGAACUAAUGUUGAGUUCGUUCGGCCAGCCGAACCAGUCCCUGGAUCACGAAGGGUCGAACAGGAGUAACGAACUACGAGAGAAGCUGAACACGAAAUCGAGGAAACAAGCGACGAUCAAGCCCAUCUCGACGCACGACCAGAAGACGCUGGACACCGCGAUCGCCCUCGCCAACGAGCUGACGACGAGGUCGAUGUCGGCACCGGCGCCGACGACGCCGGCCUCGCCGAGCAAGAAGAAAUUCAGUUUCAGGUUCCCGUCGGUCGGCGAGCACGACAAGAGCACGGAGCGGAGGAAUUUCUCGGAGGAGGCGCUGUCGACGUCGGAUUUGCAGUCCAAAGUUACACAAGAAGCUCAAAUGGCGUAUCAGGGUCUUGUAGAAAGCCCCUCGGCCGACGUCACGCAGCUCAUGGUCACUAAUCCAUUACGAAUUCUGCGUUCGGGUCAGCCCGUCAUCAACCCGAGAACGCGUUCGGCUAGCGUCGCCAGCACCCUUCCACCGAAAUUGCACGAAUCCGUACGAAAUUCUGUGCCCGAGAAUCUGAAUGGAACAAAAACAGAUUUAUCCACAGACGAGCUGCCGCCAAGACAGAAUUUCUCCAGUCAUACUCUCCCGCACUCAUCGGAGUUUACUCACAGGGAUGACAAUCCCAUCCCCCUACCUCCACGUGAUCGCAAUAAAACACUACUCGCUGCUAAACCGAGACAUACUCGAAAACAUCCCCUAAUCAUACCGCCGACGAAUUUACAAAGAACUUUGGAUAAAAUUAAUACUGUAACGCCGCCUGCUACAACAACGGUUGAUCCUUUUCAGACUACCGAUUUGCCGGUUUACUCAAAUAGUGUUACUCAGAUUGCUGAUAAAAAUCCAGAGUCUAUACAUUUUGAAGCUCAGAUCGAGUCAGAUCUGAAUGCUUUGGACGAGAUUCCGCAAGAACAGGAUGUUGUGGAUGGUGUUGCGCACAAUUUUGGAAAUAUGAAGGUCGAGGAUGAGAGCAAAUUGAGCAGUCAUCAUGUGAGCUGUGAGGAUCUUUUGAAGUUCGCUAAUGCGAAACCGAGCUCGAGGACACGGGGAAUCGAUUCGGAUGAAGUGAGGAUUAUGUUGAAGGUUCUAGGGAAAGAUGUUUCUAAAGAAAAAUGUGUAGAAGCCUUGGACCACUGUGAGUGGGAAGUAAUGAAAGCAAUCAAGGUGGUGAAACUCCAAAACAUGGUGAGCGCAGAAAUGAAUACUUGUUGCAACGCACUGGAAAGUUCGUCGUGGGACGUAGCUAAAGCCGCACAAUGGAUUUUACAGCAAGAUGGCGAAGUGACUCAAGUGUAACAUAUCAAAUGUACUAAGUUUAAAACUUUAUGGAUAUUCUAUUUAUUGUCUUGCCAGGAAAUGUUGUAAUUUUAUUUAAAAAGAAUUUAACUUAUUUUUAUGGAUGUCUUUAAAUAAAUUUUGUUAUAAAAAUAAUUAUGUUAAAAUUAUUUUUUUAUUGAAAUUGGCACAUUGGCUGGUCACACUUUAUGGAUACGUGACUUCCACAAGUAGCGACACUUUUUAAAAAUUAUACAAUGUUUUACAAUAAAUUUGUACACAAAA